UGUCUGCCUGAGCUUCAACGAACGCAGAGAAUUCAACAUGAAAUCGCACUGAUAUUUGCGCCUCUGUGCGUCUUUUCGAACUUAAAGAAUGCGUGAUCGCUACAUGUCGCCUGUGCAUGGAGCAAGCUUCGUGUAGCCUAUGUCAACAUAACUGGGCAGCAUGUACGUCUGGCUAACUCUUUUAGCGGGGUUGGCUGUUUUGCCAGCAAUCCUGAAACCCUUCUUCCCAUAUUUUUUUCAGGAUCUGAAGUAUAUUCUUAAAACGGUUCGAUUUGGGAUCAGGCUUACUAAAUACAAAAGAGGGAAGCCCCUCUACAGCAUUCUGGAUUGUUUUUUGGAUGCAGUGAAGAAACAUCCGAAUAAGAUCUUCAUUCACUUUGAGGGAAAGUCGUUUACUUAUUUGCAGGUCGACAAACAGAGCAAUAAAGUAGCGAAUGUGUUGCGGACUACUGCCUCGCUCAAAGAAGGGGAUACUGUCGCCUUGUUCUUGGGGAAUGAGCCUUGUUAUGCAUGGACAUGGCUGGGCCUGGCCAAACUUGGCUGCCCGGUGGCGCUCCUCAACUACAACAUAAGGGCGAAGUCGCUGCUGCAUUGCUUCUCCUGUUCAGGAGCCAAAGUUCUCAUCGCGGCUGCAGAGCUGCGGUCGGCGGUGGAGGACGUUCUGCCGGUGUUGAGGGAGGAGGGCAUCAGCGUCUACCUGCUGGCCGACGAGAAGGGCACCACAGAUGGCAUCAGCUGCAUCUCCGAGACCAUUAGCCUGGCGCCAGACACACCUGUCCCACGAUCGCUUCGCGCCAACGUUGGCAUCAGGAGCAUCGCCCUCUACAUCUACACGUCUGGCACGACAGGUCUGCCCAAGGCGGCGCUGGUGACCCAUGAGAGGGUGUGGGCGGCAUCGUUCGUCCAGGCCAUGUCCGGCGUGAGCAGCACCGACGUCUUCUACGUCAACCUGCCGCUCUACCACAGCGCGGGCUUCCUCAUCGGCCUCGCCGGCAGCAUCGAGAGAGGCAUCACUCUGGUUCUGCGGAGGAAGUUCUCGGCCUCGCAGUUCUGGGAGGACUGCCGGAAGCAUGAUGUCACCGUGAUGCAGUACAUCGGGGAGACGCUACGCUACCUCUGUAACACCCCACAGAAAGACAAUGAAAAGAAUCACAAGGUGCGGAUCGCUAUUGGCAACGGUGUGCGCACUGACGUCUGGUCUGAGUUCCUGCAACGCUUCGGCAACAUCUGUGUGCGUGAGCUGUACGCCGCCACCGAGGGCAACGUCGGCUUCAUCAACUACACCACCAAAGUCGGCGUGGUGGGACGAGUCAACUUCCUGCACAGGCGGAUCUUCCCGUACUCGUUGAUAAAGUUCGACGCAGACAAAGAGGAACCUGUGCGCAACGCUGAGGGGCUCUGUGUGAAAGCCGCCAAAGGCGAGACGGGGCUGCUGGUGGGGAGGAUAACGAAGCACUCUCCGUUCGUGGGCUACGCGGGGAACAAGCAGCAGACGGAGAAGAAGCGGCUGCAGGACGUGUUCGUGAAAGGAGACCUGUACUUCAACAGCGGAGACCUGCUCAAGAUCGACCACGACAACUUCGUCUACUUCCAGGACCGCGUGGGCGACACUUUCAGGUGGAAGGGGGAGAACGUGGCCACGACAGAGGUAGCCGACAUCCUGAGCACGGUGGACUGCAUCGAGGAGGCCAACGUCUACGGGGUCAAGGUGGCAGGUCAUGAGGGCAGGAUCGGGAUGGCUGCCAUCACGUUACGGGAAGGGAAGGAGUUUGAUUGCGUUCACACCUGUCGUCACCUGGCCAAUUACCUGCCCGUUUACGCCCGGCCGCGCUUCAUACGCAUCCAGAGCUGUCUGGAGAUGACCGGAACCUUCAAGAUGAAGAAGGUGAAGCUGGUGGAGGAGGGCUUUGACCCCGGGGUCAUUCAGGAUGACCUCUACUUCCUGCACCUGGAGGAGAAGAAGUACGUUCCACUGACCCCCCAGAUCUAUGCCUCCAUCCUGGCCAGAGAGAUCAAGCUGUAGCCAGCGGAGAGAGAUGCGGACCGGGGAAGAAGCCGUGCUGAAGCCGUUGUUGUUCUUCAGGAGCCGUAUUUCCAGAAAUUAACACCGAUAGCCUUAUGACUAAUCUCAGGGAGGACUUGUGCAUUAAUCACGCCUAGAGUAGCAACUGAGGCAGCUGUUCAGCAGUAGUCUGUGUGCUCCAGACACAGAGCCCAGCGCACUGGACCGGACCGGACCGGACCGGACCGUGUUCUCAGGCCCACGCUCCACUACGCCACACGUCUGGUGUCUAACCGAUACUGUUCUAAAUGGAAGAAUGUGAUUUCUACAGAAUAAUAAAUUACUACUACUAAUAAUAA